AUGAACACCCGACUACUCUCUUCCUCAAUGGGAGGACCGUCCCGACUUCUCACCUCUUUCGCUUCUACCACCAGGAUCAUCAAUCCAACUCACUCAUCUCGUAGAUAUCUACUCACAUUCCCACAUCCAGAUCUUGAUUCAUCAAAAGGUUCAACCAAGUUAAUUAUAAAAUCAAUUGAACAUGAUAUACCUUCUAUGAUAGAUGCUUUUACGAUUAUCAAAGCUGUAGAACAAAAGUUGAACACCAAGAUAUUAGAUCUAUCAAUACCGAAAGAUUAUGAUAGUUUGAAACAUGGCUCAACGAUAUUCAUAACUAUGUUAAGACCUGUAUCUCUUUCUUCAAAUCGGUCUCAGGACGAUGAGGCCAGUGAGGAACAUGUUGGAGGAGGAGGAAAUGAUGGGGGUUCAUUGUUAUUCGAGAUUCCAUUGAUAUCAGCAUCGAAUUUAUCUGGUCAAAGUAACUUUUUAGGUGGUCCAAGUCUCACUGAUAUCGAGACCGCCCUUUUAUCCUCAUCUCCCCGGGGAUCUCCUUCAAAUAUCUCGAUAGCGAAAGAUGGAAAACAACCUGAGACAAUCCGAGUCAAAGUUGAGAUACAAAGAAAUGCUCAAAGGGAUAAGAAAAGGAUUUUAAGGAGAGCAAGAUAUUCUUCAAAUGGUAAAGAAGCAAGUGACAUUGUUAAGCAAUUGAAAGGAUUCAAAGGUGGUUUCUAUGGUGGUUUUGAUGGUUUAUAUGAUAAAUUUUCACAUCUUGAAAUCACAUCUGAACAAUCUGAAUCUCAAUCAUCAACAUCUACGUCUGCGGCUGCGACUACGACCACGGCUUCUCCUGCUUCCACUAGAGCCCAGUCUGGAACUCAAGCUCAAGGUAAUGUGCAAGGAGAUGGAGAAGUGACACAGGAGAACGAACAAAGUGAGGAAGCCUCCAUCAAUGUCGAACAAGUAAUAGAACCUUUCCAAGAAGUAGAAAAGGGUGAGAUCGUUGAAGAUCAUGUUCCGGGCGUCAAUGCACCAACCGUAAAAGGGACAAGCACCGGAUCUUCAGGAAUUCCAUCAAUAACAGAAUCACCUGGUCUAUCAAAAGCUCAGAUUGCAAGAGAGAAAUUACGAGAAGCAGCCAUUGCUUCCGCUCAACGCGAUUUAGAAAUACAAAGUAGGAAACAGAAAGAAGCUCGAGAAGCUGCAUCGGAAGCGGAGAGAUUCGCCGAAGAAAAACGAGAAGAUGCUCAGAGAUCGAAAGAAGGUGAGAGGAAGAAAGACGAGAAGGAAGGUGGAUUCUUUGGUGGUGUUUUUGGUAAAAGGGAUUAG